AUGGUGCAUGCUCAGAGCAGCAAUAAUAACGACAACAGCACGAUUCUCCGAAAUCAGACGCAAUCGAUUUCGCAGCAGCUCACGCAGCUCACUGGCAAUUCGUUGGCUGAGACCGAGCAUGUUAUGGAUGAAUGGAUUGGAAAACGUCAAUGGGAUUUGACAACUUCGGCACAAUUCGAUGAUGAGGUCUUAAACCCGCUUCGAAACCUUCGUGUUGCUUUUAUCGUUGUUGAUUUCCAAAACGAUUUUGUAAACGGAUCGCUGAAAAUCGGGGAUGGAGAUGCUGAGCAGGAUCCACAUCUUGCGAUUCCGCACAUCAACCAGCUUCUCAAUGAAUCUUGGGAUUUAAUUGUAUACACAAAGGAUUGGCAUCCGGAGAAUCACAUCUCAUUCCUCAGUCAGGCCCGAAAUCCAGAUCGUGUAAUGGAUGGAGCCGAUGAGAAAAGAAAUCUCGCCGUUUUUGACAGUGUUCAGUUUCUGAAACCCAUUAAAACUGAACAGGUUCUAUAUCCGGAUCAUUGUAUUCAAGGAUCAUGGGGAUCCGAUAUUCAUCCAGACAUUUCGAUCGUUGAAAAUGCGGAAUAUAUUCAUAAAGGUGUUGAUCCAUAUCUCGAUUCAUACAGUGCAUUUUAUGAUAAUAAUGGACAAUCGAAAACCACGCUCGAGGAAACUCUUCGAAGCAAAAAUAUUGAUGCUGUCGUGAUCGCGGGUCUAGCGUAUGACAUUUGUGUCAGAUUCACCUGUCUGGACGCUGUGCGGCUGAACUUCCUCGCUGCCGUUAUUCCGGAAUGUAGUGCAGGUCUGAACAAAAAAGGAAUUGCAGAAUCCGAGGAACUUUUUGUCAAGAAUUCCGUUUCGAUGAUAACAACGUCUGAAGCAAAACGAAUUGCCGAGGGAAACUUCUUGCCACCGGAAUGGGUCAAACAAGUCGCACUUCAGAAAUGA